AUGGACAACAAGAAAUCACUAUACGAGAGAUUUGGAGGGGAUCAACAAGUGUCUGAAUUGAUCGACUAAUUCUAUUACAAAGUCUUGUUCGACAAGUUGCUAAGGGACAAGUUCUUGAAGGCGGAUAUGAGCCGGGUUAGGUAUCAGUAGAAGAGAUUCUUUUCUCAAAUGAUGGGCGACAAGAAUACUCAAUACACUGGCAAAGAUUUAGUGGAAGUUCAUAAAGACUUGAAUAUCACAAAUUAGCAGUUUGAUAAAUUUAAAGUGCAUCUCAAAAACAUCGCUCAGGAUAUGGAAGUGAGCGGAGCUGCAUUUAGAAGAAUUACUCGAUCACGUUGAAAAACACAGAGACCAAAUAGUAUUUAGUAAAGCCGUAUGAUUUAACAAUAACAAGUAUAAGUAUAAAUAAGCCAAUUCAUAAUUCUACUUUAUUAUA